GCCCAGAAAGAAAUAAUUAUUGCUCAGCUUGCUUCAAAAAUUUAUCAAAAGACAAACUAGAUAUAUGUCUGGAUUUAGAGUCAACAUUGCAAGAUAAAAGUGGUGUGAUGUGUGAUGCAAACAAAGAUUUUAUUUCUAGUUUACACAAACAGUAUUUUGAUCCGAUGCCACUAACUUUUGAGAGAAUGCAGCAAGAGGCCGAGCAACUUGGCUUAAGUUAUGGAUAUACAGGUCAAUUAAAUCCCCGCCAAAAACUCAUUUCGUAUAUGUAUCAAUCUGAUAAUGCAAAUCGUUGUCCAUUUAAAACCACUUGCAUGCUAUUUGGACAAAGUGGUGUUGGAAAGUCCUCGUUUAUUAAUCAUUUGAUUGGACAUGAUUUAUUGAAAACCAAUGCUUAUACAUCAGAAACAAGAGAUAUACAAGAGGUUGUUUUAACAAUCAAAGAGCCUUCACUUGAUGUUUCUAAUUUACAACUGACAUUUGUUGAUACUCCAGGAUAUUUUGAUGAUGAUGGUGACAAGCAAGAUAAAAGAAACUAUAAUGCUUUAAAAGAGUAUAGAAAAAAAAAUUUUAAAGAAUAUUACCCCAAUCUAAUUUUUAUUGUAAUUCACGGUUCUGAUAAUCGGUUUUUAAAUGGUCCAUUAAAAAUGUUUCUUAAAAAGCUCAAAAAACUUGAUCUAAUUUGUCCAACGUAUCCCAACGUUAUUUGCCUUUUUACUUAUGCGACAUCUUUUUUAAAUGGUUCAGAAGAAAAUAUUGAGGGAAAAAAAAAAAGGUUAAUUGAUUUAUGCUUUGAUAUGUUAAAAGUAAAGGUAUCUGUGGCUUACAUUGAUAAUGAUUACAAAAAUUUGAAAAAGCAAGGAGACUGGACUGUACUAUCAGAUGGUACUCUUCAGCCUUUUAAUGUGUUUGAGUGUGCAAAAAUGUUAAUGAAAGGUACUGACAACAAACCAAAGGGACUAAAGUAUAUUGAUCCUCUCGGUUUUAAAACAUUAGCAAGUUUUUUCAAAGCAUCUUCAAAUGAAUAUUUAAUUAAAACCAAUGUGAUUUGUAAUAAUGAUGAGAUUAGCGACUAUUCAAUGUCACAAUACUAUUCUGGUGAUGCAGAAGUUUUGGGCGAAAUAUUUGUUGGAAAAGGUUAUGAUGUUUUUUACGACAAAAUAAAAGAGACCAGUAUCUUUGAAUUAGAAGAAUCAGAAAAAAAUCAAGAAGAAAACCAUCAACAGUUUAAUAUUAAAAAAGGUUUUGAUAUCACUUGUGAUAAAAGCAAGACUUCAUAUUUUUUGGGACCAGAUUCAGAACUUUUUACAACACAACAACUGAAUGCAAUUGGAUUAGGUGAUAAAGUAGAAGCAAAAUUUAUUUUAAGCAAGAAAGACAAUUUAAAUGGUUCGUCUAUUAAAUCAAAUUUGUCAUAUUUUCAUGAAAUUAGAACUCACAAAUUGUGCAUACCUGAUACCAGCAAACUCAAAUUGAGCAAACUUUUUAAGGAAGCUGUUGUUACUUCUGAUUUUCCAACCUGUUUUGUAGCAAAUGAUUCUAAUGUUACAGAAUUUUUUAGAAAUUUUUUUGAGAGAUGGGGGUAUUACAUUGUAACAUUAGCAUAUUUAGGAGGGAGUGUUGAAUUAAAAAAAACUCAUUCGAACCAAAUUAAUGAAGAAUUGAUUAAAGAUCAACUAAAAUAUGGCCUAAAGAUGCUGAAACACGGCUUUCAAAAAAGUCAAGACUGUGGUAAAUAUUUUGAUCUAAAUCUAUCUUUAACAGAUAUAGAACUUAAUUGGAUUGGAGGCGUGUCAACAACGCAAAUUUCAAAUUUGAAGAAGAUUGAAACAAUUGACUCCUCCAACGCAUUUAAAUCUUGGAAAGCUUCUUUAACUUUAAAACCUUCUGUUUUAAAAAGAAACUUGGAACUUCAAUCUAUUGCAGAUUUUGUUUCUUCUAUAGACAAAAAAAAAGGUGAAACUUGUCAAACUGCUUUUGAGCAUUUGCUUGGUAUUUCAAAAACAAAAAGAUCUUUUAAUAGAAGAAUUACAAAAAAUAGUGUUAAAGCACCUGAGACCCGUAAUGCUGCUGCAAAUGAUGCAGAACCUGAAACCAGUAGUUGUUUUUCAGGAAAUGGAAAAAUAAUUGUUAUGAAAAUUUACCCUGAAAUCAAGUUAAUAAAAGAAUUAAAUGUUGGCGAUAAAGUUUUAUCAUUUGAAACCAAAACUAAGAAAUUUAUAUACUCCACAGUGUACAUGUUCGCACACAAAAAUGAGACCAAAAAGAUGAAUUUUCUCAAAAUAAGUUGCAAAAAUGGAAGUUCUGUCACUCUUUCACCAAAACAUCUUGUUUAUACUGAUCAUUAUAAUGUAAAACAUGCUGACCAAAUAAAAAUAGGCAACGGAAUAUGGACAACAAGUAUCGACAAUUCAGAGGAAAUGAAUUUAUGCAAGGUUGAUGCAAUUAAAUUAACAAAAUCAGUUGGGUUUUACGCUCCUUUAACUAUGAGUGGAAACAUUAUUGUAGAUGGCGUUUUAUCCAGUUGCUAUGCUAACGUAAAAGAUGUCUCUUUACCCGGUUUUGGUAGAAUUUCUGGCCAAGUUAUUGCGCAUUUUGGUACGGCUCCUUUAAGAGUAGCAUGUUUGGUUUUUCGAAAAAAAUUUCAAACAAACGAAGAAAUGCCGAAGUAUAUAGUAGCCCUUAACCAAUUAGGAAAGAGAGCCAACUUAGUCUCCAAACCGUAGUUGAUGUAGUUUUCUAAGUUAAAUUUUUAAGAUUAGUAUUUUUCUAAAAUAUUGUAAGUAUGUUAAAUUAUGUAAUGAAUUAUUAUAAUAAAUAAUAAUUUUAUAAUGUGUAAAAAUGAUUAGAAUUAAAAUCAAAUUUUAUUAAAAUUUAUUUUCUAUUUUUUAUUAUAUUCAGAUUUUUAUACUAAAAUUUAAAUUAAAAUUGAUAGCGAGUCUUAGAUGAGAAAAUUGAUUGGUUAAGCGAGUCUUAGAUGAGAAAAUUUAUUUUUCUCUUUUGUGUCAUCAAAUCACCCAGAAUAACAAUUUUUGUGAAUCUUAUUAAAGGUAU